CGAGCAGAGACAAUUUCAUAUGAAGAAUGCCGCUGAAUCCAACGAACACCGAGCUGUCCCAAGCGACCAUGGAUGACGAAAAGGGCCUAGCAAAUCAGUUAACGGAGAACAUCGGACAAGCUCCGAACGCGGUAAUGGUUGAAGUGACAGCCGAAGCCGUUUUCUCAGGCUAUGAGGUGGGGUUUUUAAAGUUGUCCUUGAUAUACCUUGGGAUCGAGCUAGCCCUAUUCAUGACUUUAUUGGAGUCCACCAUCGUCAGCACUUCCGUGAUUACCAUCACGAACGACGUGGGUGGUUACGUUAAGAGUUCCUGGCUCUUCACGUCCUACUUGUUGACUUUUGGCGGGUUUCCCAUCAUAUGGGCCAAAGCUUCAGAUAUCGCUGGCCGAAAACCCUGCUUACUCGCGGCCAUGGUCUUCUUUCUUGUAUUCUCUGGAGCAUGCGGGGCGGCUCAAACGCUUGUACAACUCAUUAUGUUUCGAUGGCUCCAGGGCAUUGGAGCCGCCGGAAUUUUCUCCCUCGCCUUAGUGUUCUUUGAGCUCAUACCUCCCUCAAAGUAUGCAGUCUCUAUGAGCGUGACGAAUACGGUCGUUUCAUUGUCUUACUUGACGGGUCCGCUUGUCGGAGGAGCGCUUACUUCAAAGGGGGAGUGGAGAUGGAUAUUCCUGAUAAAUAUCCCGGUGAUCGCUUUUGCUGGCGUCGUUCUCUUUCUAGUUUUCCCUAAACGACUAUCUAGAGAACCUGCGGCGAAUCGCGCAGAGGAGUCAAUCGCCCAACGAUUGAGAAGGUUCGAUGUGCUCGGAGGCACAAUGCUUCUCGGCAUAACCGUGCCAUUGACUACUGCGCUCCAGCAAGCGUCUGAGGGCUUUUCCUUUGGCUCCGGUUUCGUCUGGCCCUUACUCCUAGUCACGGGCUUCUUUUUUGUCGGCUUCCUCACCUGGCAGUGGUACGCUACAACGAGACGAACCGUCCCGGAGCCUGUGUUCCCUUGGCGCUUCUUGGUCCACCGCGCUUCUAUAAGCAUCAUACUAAACACUUUCUUCUCGGGGUGCGUGAUGGCAGCCUGCACCGUGCAGAUACCGCAACGCUUCAUAGUGUUGUACAGCAUGAAUCCUCUUGCUGCUGGAGUCCGCCUUCUACCUUUUGCCUUGAUGACGCCUGUAGGCUCGGUUUGCUCAGCCAUACUCUUGGACAAGAAGCUCGUUACACCCAACGCCCUUCUAUUGAUAGGCGGCGCUCUCCAAACUAUUGGUGUCGCACUUUUUGCGACACUUACAACUAGCAGGGAAACAUUACCACAGCAAUACGGAUUCCAGAUAUUGAUUGGCACUGGCAUUGGCUUCGUCAGUACAGCGACCUUCCUCCUCGUUCCAAUCAAAAUGGAGAAGCGAGAUUUAGCCGUUGGCACAGGCACUGUAGCCCAAUUCAGGAUUCUCGGUGGCGUCGUUGCUCUCGCCGUCGUCACCUGCAUUUCUACGCCGCACAUACGGGAUGCAUUGCUCGAGGCCAUCCCGCCGGAGCAGACGCAUGCAAUUCUGGAAAGAUUGGAGAUGAUCCCUUCCCUUCCUGAGGAUACGCAGGCUCACGUGCGGGACAGUUUUCAUCGUGGUUUCGAUUUGCAGAUGACUAUUCUUAUUGGCUUUGCGGCGGCGCAUAUUCCAGCCGGUCUGGUAAUGCUUAGCAAAGAAUCUCUUCCCGAGGCACUGAGGCCAUCUAUGGAUAAUGACGUGGUCGCUGGCAGUGGAAGGAUGUAAGGGCUGAGGAAGAGGCUCCGGAGCAAUGGCGGCGUUGUACACUACUAUCAGGCAGAGUUCAUAAUACAGCGCUUUGCGAGUUUGGCAAUGGGCUCCGGAGCUUCCUUCAACCCAAUGCUGGGGACCUCAUGCGCGCCAGGGGUGUACAAAAGUGCACGUUACCGCGUUGCACAACUCGCUCACACC